AUGGCGUCAACCUCCACCACCCAACGUCUCCUCCGCGAACUGAAAGACUACACCAACAACCCGAAUGAAGCGCUCCUUCACCUCGGGCCCGUCGACGACGAUGACCUUCUCCAUUGGGAAGCAGUGCUAAAGGGCGUAAAGGGAACACCAUACGAAGGCGGUCUCUGGUCCCUCUCAAUAACUAUCCCACCCAACUAUCCCCUCGCACCCCCAACAAUCCGCUUCAGCACCCGAAUCUCGCACCCGAACAUCUCCUUCACCACUGGCGAAAUUUGCCUCACCCUGCUCACGACCGAACACUGGAGUCCCGUAUACACGCUCUCAACAACCCUGACUGCCAUCCACCAACUCCUCACGGAUCCACGACCCGAUAGCCCACUGAACGUGGAUGUCGCAGCCUUACUGAGAGACGGUGACAUUCCCGCCUGGGAGAGUAUCGUGCGGUUCUGGACGGAGGAAGAAAGAUGGCAAGGGCCGGGAUCUGCCUCUUUCUUGCGGGGAUAG